ACAAUCUAGAGCUGAACAAUGAAGAUGUACUCACUUGUGUGUUGCCGUCUUAUUCUGUGUGUUUGGGAGGAAACCUCUGCUUUACCAACUAGGGAUACUGCAGAGCUAGCAACCUUACUUUUAGGACGAAACAGAGCUAGAGAUCCCCCGGAUAUGUUUAUUCAAUUAACCGAUGCCUUUUGGAAAAACUUUACUAUUUUUUCUGAAGAUGUAAUCCCUCUAGUUUUUAUACAAAUAAAACAAAACAACAGUCUACACAAAGAGGGCAUUGCUGUGGUGGAAAAAGACAAUGGUUUCAAAGUCAAAGAAUAUUUUUAUAAAGAUGGCGGAAAAAAUUAUAGGACAAAUCACGAGGAAGUCAAAAAAGAAGAAGUGGAGUACAUUAAAACUUGUGACAAGACUUUUAUCAAAGCUAGUACACAUGUCUACCAUUUCAGAUGGACAGUUUGUACCUUUGGUGGAGAAAACCCGCCGGUAUUUAUAGGAACAUUGACUAGGAAAGGAAUGUAUUUCUCGAAUGAAAAUAGAACAGCCUUUAUGGAAAAGGAAACCAGAGGCAUACUGCCGAAACAUUUGGAUCCGUGGACCUCAAAGGAUGAUUAAACAAGUGAUACAUAUAUUGUUUUCUGGAGAAAUAAAAUGUUAAAGAAGAAAACAAUUCAAUAAAAAGAUAAAAAUAUCAA